GGCGAACGAACAUCAUCCUCCGCAGUUGCCGUUGACAACAGCAAGAAUAGCAAAGAGAAAGAUCAUGAAGAUGCCCCCCCAGGGUCCGGAUCCUCCUCCGCAUCAUCCGCGAGCACUGCGUCCGCCUCCAGUAGUCCGAUAAAACUGAGGAAGCAGCGGCCGCCGGUCACUGGCGUCGUGGGACCGCCCGGGGAAAGUACGUACAAGCCCCCGGACCCGGUUCGCGACUUCAAGGCUGAGCUGAUGGAGAAGGGGAUGAAGAGCACCAACAUCAAGCCGGUCCCACGCCUCCCGGAUCUGCGUCCUAACGUCCGGGACAAUGCGUUCACCAGUCCGGCUUUCGUCCGCUACACCACGACGGCCGCAGUGUCGUCGCAGGCACGGGUGCUGGAAGUCACCUCGCUCUACAACGCGCACCCAACGCCGAUGACAACCAGUAAGAUGAUGGCCUCCGCGUCGCAGGAGGGGUGGAGAACGGAGCUGGAAAACAGAAACAACAGCAGCUCGACGGAAUUUUCUUCGGACGAGGGAAUCAUUCCGAAACCGGACGAGCAGGUGCCGGUGAUCUCGAAAAACGUGGGCGUGUGGCGAGUCCCGGAGCCGCAGUCUCGCACACUCUUGCCGGCGGAGGCGCAGGCCGUCGACGGCCUGAUUCACCUGACCGGGCAGAAGGCGCCGGAGUGCGGCAUGGCGGUCGUGCAGGACGAGUUCGCAGCGCGAGCGGAAGAAGAGCGAAUUUUGGAGGAACAGGAAGCGGAAAUCGAAAGACAAAAUCGACGUGCCGAGGAGUUGGAAAGGCAGAAGGCGGUAGCGUCGCGCAGUACAAGUCCCGCAAGCUCGCCCAAGAAUGGAAAGCACUCUCCCUCCACCGGCGUGCACAGGCAGAAAACAUCCAGCCAGCUUCUCAACAACAGCGGGAACAAACAUCAGCCUGAAGUAGACUCGUCCUCAGCUGCUGCCUCACCGAGUGCGUCACCGAAAAAUUUUGUGAGUGGCAAGCAGCUCGCCACGGGGACGCACGAAUUGGACUCGCACAACGCAACUUUGGUCGUGGCCCCCGCGUCUUUUGACACGAAUCCCCACACAAGUACGACGUUCACCACGGAAACCGUUUUCGAGAAGAGUGGCAAGGGGUCUUUCCGGAACCCGAGCGAAUACGAAAUCCACCACUCCAAGCAGUUGGAAACGCCACCAGCAACAGCAGGAACGGCGCAUCCCGGCAGCGGACUGCAGAGUUUGCAUGGCACGAAGACCAGU